AUGAGUUACCCAGAUCCCGACGACUAUCUCGAGAGCUUUUUAUCAGCGCAAGCGCCCGCAAAUACCUCUCAGCAAGACACUAGCGGAUAUAUAGCCACAGGUCCGCAAAUAAACCCUGUCGGGACUGCGUCAUAUUCCACGAUUCCUAUUAAUUUCAAUGCACCGUCGAUAUUCGCAAGUAAUACAUUGCGCACGCCCCUCCAACCUCAGACUCAAGAUCCAUCUCUAUUCACCAAACCUCACCAAAUACAACAGCAAGAACAGCAGACACCGUCACCUUACGAUAUAUCCAAUGUCGCUUCAUCCAUGGAUUCGUUCUUUGGCUUGAGCAAUGUCAUUGGCGGUGGCGCGGGAAUACCCAAUAUGUUCAACUCGGCUGGAUCCGCUGUUCCUACGGAAUCUGUACUGCCAACGGCAACGCCCGGUCUAACGCCUUCUUUAGCGCCUCCUUUAUUGGGACCAUCCCUCCCGCCCGGAACGGCCGGAGUAACGCCAAACUUUCCCGGUUUAUACUCAAGUACAGGAUUUGAUAUGCUUGGUAUACUGGCUCGCGUUGCAAACAGACCAAACCCACAAAUUAAUAUUGGUCCAGUCGACAUGAGCUGUUCAUUCCUAGUCGUUGACGCUCGAAAGUAUGACUUUCCAAUCAUAUAUGCUAGUUAUACUUUCGAAAAGUUGACCGGAUAUUCAAAUUCAGAAAUCAUCGGUCGUAAUUGUCGAUUCCUACAAGCUCCAGAUGGCCGCGUUGCCUUGGGUUCAAGACGUAGAUAUACGGAUAAUAACGCCGUGUAUCAUCUGAAGAGCCAUAUGGUGUCCGGAAAGGAAUGUCAGGCAUCGAUAAUUAAUUACCGUAAAGGUGGUCAGGCUUUUAUUAACUUGGUCACUGUUAUUCCGAUCACUUGGGAUGGCCCGGAUAUCGCGUUCUUUGUUGGGUUCCAAGUGGACCUCGUGGAACAGCCGAACGCAAUUCUCGAAAAAAUGAAAGACGGCACGUAUGUAGUCAAUUAUCAACUAAUGAACUUGACUGCAUACGUACCGCCAGCAUCGUUCAUGAACCCUCCUGAAGGCGUAGACGACUACUUCCGAGAUGUGACAAAUACAUCAAUGCCGUUUCCCGCCACUGCUGAAGUCUAUGAUCUCAUUGGUGAUAACGCAGAUAUCGAAGUCAGCAGGCGGAUAUGGAACAAGACUCUCCUUGAACAAUCCGAUGACUUUAUUCACGUUUUAUCGCUCAAAGGUAUUUUUCUCUACUGCUCACCGAGCUGCAGGCAAAUGUUGGAAUACGAACCGGAAGAAUUGGUUGGCAAAUCGCUAUCAACAAUAUGUCACCCAAGCGAUAUUGUACCAGUCAUGCGAGAACUCAAAGAAUCAUCUAAUGGAGUCGAGGCAGUAAACCUUGUCUACCGAGUUCGCCGUAAAAACAGUGGAUACAUAUGGUUAGAAGCACUUGGAAAGCUACACAUUGAACAAGGCAAAGGACGUAAAUGCGUUAUUUUAUCAGCUCGCGAACGUCAAGUUUAUAAGCUCCAGUGGAAAGACUUGCAGGCAGCUGGUGGAAUAUCAGAUCACGAAUUCUGGUCUAAACUUUCUCCUGAAGGCAUGUACCUGUACGCUUCCUCAACUUGUCAAGGCAUCCUCGGCUGCUCUAUGGAGGAAUUAGUAGGCACAUCUUUAUAUCAAUUGGUCAAAUCAGAUCGAACGACGGAUAUCACUCGAUCGCUUAGUCAGGCGAAAAGUGGCUCGGUCGUUAGCCUGAGACAUCAUAUUCAGAAAAAGAAUGGACAAUUUGUUGAGAUCGUUUCGACAUUUUACCCUGGCGAUCUAAGUGGCAACGGAAAAGCAUCGUUUAUUAUAUGUCAGAGUAAAUUGAUUGCGACGGAACAGAGACGACGGUCAUCCGCUGGAUCACCGCCGUCGGAUAGUGGGUCGUCUUCUGGAGGAUCUACGCCGAGGCAAUCUGCACAUUUGAAAGGCAUCUCGAUUGAACAUAUGCCUGAAGAUAAUAUAUUUGAGGAAUUGGAGGUUGCUAGAGGCACUAGUUGGCAAUAUGAGUUGCACCAAAUGAGGUUGACUAAUAAGCGAUUAAGGGAAGAACUCGAGUCUAUCAAACAGGCUAGGAGGAGAAGGGUACGAAUAUGUGAUUUUUGUGUUUACUAG